AUGGCGAUCACCGGUGAGAACAGCUGCGGUGAUGAUGACGACGAUGCACUUUACGCCGCCACCGAGAUGCUGGAGGCCAGAACGGGACUAGAUUUUCUAGUUUCCGCGCUCUCCCAUGAAAAAGAGAAGCCAGGUCCCGUCGCCUCAGUAGCAAACACUGGUGAAGCGUCUGGCCUCUGCCGCGGAGACGAUCGUCCCCAGCCCACGCAUACUGCUAAGCCGGCCGUGCCGUCAGCAGCCGGACCGAGCGUCCGCUUGCCAUCUCGUGCGUCGUCGUCGAAGCCUCCGCCUCGUUACAAGCAGGCCGUGCUCCGUUGGGCCGAUCCUACAGAUCCUGGACGUCCUCUCGCUGAUGCCGGCGAGUCGGUAAACCACGUUACGCCCACGCCAUCUAACUCUAAAAAACCGUCACUAACCACUCUGAUUUACGAAGAGGCCCUUGAAACGUUCAAGUCGACGUGGUCGACCGACUACCCAUGGCUCAUCCUCAUAAAAAACACUGCUGGCAUGCCUGCGUUCAAGUGCAGAUUGUGCAUCGACUUUGCAGGUGACGGUGGCAAGUGUGGCAAGAGUGGGCACGGUGCAACCGAUCUUCAGACCCAAGCCUUCAAGCGGCAUGCCGCGACGAACAAGCACCAGUUGGCCAUCAAUCACCAGAAGCAGAUGCUAGCUCAGGCUGGGAAGCAGCCGCGAAUUGACGAGCAUACGCUCGCCAAAGAUGACGAGACGACCCGCGUCAUCAGCCUUCUGAACUCCCUUCACUUCACCACCCAGAACCAUCUGCCGAUGGAGACGUGGGUGCGCCUCGUUCGCUACAUGGCUCAGAACGAGGUCCGCGGCUUUCCCAAAAAGGGAUACGGCACUUACUACACCACGGAAGCACUCGCGGCCAAGGACGCGGCAGAGUCCCUACCGGAGUUUGGCAUGGUCGACAGCUUCAUCCGCUGGCUCUCCACCUACCUCGGCUCAUCAGGACCCUGGCACCAGCGCUUCCUGGACCUUCAGGAAGUCUUCACUCAGACUAACCUGGAGCUCCAAGGAAUCAAUGAUGUGCGUUGGCUCUCACGCGGCGAUGCAGUCUGCCGACUUCUUGCAGUCCUUCCGGGGGUCAUCGUGAUGGUGCACGAGCUGGGAAACAAGCCCAUAUACCAGAUGGUGUCCAGCUACAGAUUCCAGUUCAUGCUGCGCUUCCUCGCUGACGUGCUGGAACAGCUGAACGUGCUCAGCAAGACGUUCCAGCAUCGACAGAUUGACCUGCUGGCGAUUCAAGGCCAGAUCCGUCGCACGACAACCCACAUCAACAGCCGUUAUGUGGAUUGUGGCGACGACUUCGGCGGCGGCCUGAGCGAGAAGCUGUCGCCCUUCAUUGCACGACAUGGACCGAAUGGGGUGCGGAGAGUGGAGGUCGAGUGGUGCACGGCGAUGGCGGAGGCGCUCGUGCAUAACCUGGAUGAGCGAUUGGGUUCACUCGACAAGCUGAGCGGUGUGAAGCUGUUCAUGCCCGACGAGUGGCCCCAUGGACGGCAGGAGCGUUCCAUGCCCGACUGGGCGGAGGUGGUGAAGAUCUGGAGGGCGUACAAGAAGCGCAAGCCCAUCACAACAGUGGCAGCACCAAAGAAGCAACCUAGUGCUAAGGGGAAAGAGAAGGUGGACGAGGAUGAUGCUGGUGGUGCUGGCUCUGGGUGGGGGACAGAGACCCCCGUGCACAGGCACGGUUCUAUGAGCGAUGGUGGUGGUAGUGACGAAGAUGAAGACAUGUGUGUGAUGUGA